UAUUUUUAAAAUUCUUCAUUUAUCGCGAAAACAAACCAUGUUUAAAGUUUAGCAUUAUUAACAUCGUUUUCCCCGACGAAGGAAACAAAAGGAAAAACAUUAGCCGGCGUGAAAGCAGGUCAUCAGCACGAGCAGAUCACGUGACCUCUUCCUCCUCCAAGUUCCAACUGCUCCGUCAUCCGAAUUUCCCGUGCUCGAUCCUGCUCUGGCGCUUCACUCCCGUCGACAGAUGAUACUUCCGACGACGCUCGAAUCAUCGUCUCCUGAGAGGAGCUCCUAGCAGAAGCUCGGCUCCGGCGUCAGAUCUCUUUCGCUUCGUCGCCGUUCGCAUUUCGCCUGCAUGCGCGUCCAUGGACGCGCAUCAAGUGGCGAUGAAGAAGAAGAAAGUCCCCGAUUGGCUCAACAGCUCUCUCUGGAUCUCGGCCCCGCCUCCCGCAGACGAUCGCCCCCAGCGCUCCGUAUCCGAUCUUUCCGCGGCCCCCACCGAGCCGCUAACCCGGCCGCCGGUGCCCGUGCAGCCCCCGUCGGCUGCCAGGCAGGAGCCUCCACCGGAGCCCGAAGUUGAGGAACCGAGGGAUGGGGACGGCGGCGAGAGCCAGGAAUCAGGUCUUCCGUCGGCGGAGGAGAUAUCCAGACAGUCGCAGCUCUUGGCCGAGCUGUCGAGAAAGGUUGUAGAUAUGCGGGAGUUGAGGAAGAUUGCCUCGCAGGGCAUACCAGACGGUGCUGGAAUUCGUUCCACUGUGUGGAAGCUUUUGCUGGGAUUUCUGCCUGCUGAUCGUGGGCUUUGGUCUUCUGAGCUGGCAAAAAGGAGAUCUCAGUACAAGAAUUUUAAGGGAGAGCUCUUGAUGAAUCCUUCAGAGAUCGCAAGGAGAUUAGAAGAAUGCACAACUUGUGACAGUGAGUUACGAUCUGACACCAGUGGGAUGCUUUCAAGAUCAGAUAUAACUCACGGAGAGCAUCCAUUGAGUCUUGGAAAUACCAGUAUAUGGAAUAAGUUCUUUCAGGAUACAGAGAUCAUUGAACAGAUUGACAGAGAUGUGAAACGGACUCAUCCGGACAUGCACUUUUUCUGUGGGGACUCGUCAUUUGCAGAAUCUAAUCAGGAAGCUUUGAAGACAAUGUUAAUUAUAUAUGCAAAGCUCAAUCCUGGCGUAAGAUAUGUCCAAGGGAUGAAUGAAAUUUUGGCUCUUCUAUUUUAUGUAUUCAGAAAUGAUCCUGAUGAAGAGAAUGCAGCUUCUGCUGAAGCGGAUGCUUUCUUUUGUUUUGUUGAGUUGUUGAGUGGGUUUCGGGAUAACUUUUGUCAACAAUUGGACAACAGUGUUGUGGGAAUCCGGUCAACAAUAUCCAGGUUGUCACAGCUUUUGAAGGAGUAUGAUGAAGAGCUUUGGCGUCAUCUUGAGAUUACAACCAAAGUCAAUCCCCAAUUUUAUGCAUUCAGAUGGAUUACUCUCCUCUUGACCCAGGAGUUCAAUUUUGCAGACAGCCUUCAGAUUUGGGACACACUUCUGAGUGAUCCUGAUGGUCCUCAGGAAACUUUGCUCCGAGUAUGUUGCGCUAUGCUGAUUCUUGUUCGGAGGCGCCUUCUAGCUGGUGAUUUCACUUCCAAUCUUCGGCUACUCCAAAACUACCCGCCCACAAACAUCAGUCAUCUGCUGUAUGUGGCCAACAAAUUGCGCGUCCGUGGAUCAAGUUGAUACAGCAGCACGUGUUUUUCUUCUGCUUUCCCUCUCUUUUCCUUUUUGUUUGGUCGUUGAUCGAUGGUUCUGUGUUAGCGGAUGUAAAUGCUAUUGUCAUCAGCCAACGGCGAUGUUUAGCCAAUUUCAUUCUUUCUCUCUUUUCGGUUGUUGUUUCCCUUCACGAAGAGAUGAACUUGUGUCUUCUCUUUGCCUCAAGUAAAUUUAGCUCUCUCUCUCUCUCUCUC